AUGAUCAUUGAAAACGAAGUGACAUUCAAUCGUUUUGAUCACAAAGAUACCACAUUUAGCUUACUUAUAAAAUCAACUAUUACAUUUACGACAAUCGUUCUCGUUGGUCUCGUGUUUUAUUACCACCGAAUUGAUUUAAGUCUCUAUUGUGUGGAUAAUUCAAUCGAUGAUUGGCGUAUUGCAUUAACACGUACAAAAAUACUCUCAAUNGGUAUUUUCUUAAUGAUCAUUGAAAACGAAGUGACAUUCAAUCGUUUUGAUCACAAAGAUACCACAUUUAGCUUACUUAUAAAAUCAACUAUUACAUUUACGACAAUCGUUCUCGUUGGUCUCGUGUUUUAUUACCACCGAAUUGAUUUAAGUCUCUAUUGUGUGGAUAAUUCAAUCGAUGAUUGGCGUAUUGCAUUAACACGUACAAAAAUACUCUCAAUUAUCUUCGAAGCCUUUGUUUGCAUGAUCCAUCCAAUCCCAGGACAUUUUCUUGUCGAAUGGAGUUCACAAUAUGUGAAAAAAGUGGGAACGAACACCAAUUUUAUCAAUCCGUAUCGUUCCACCCAACUGCACACGUUAACUUCUUCAACAGCAUUCAAUUCUACUCCAGUAACAACAACAACACAAAUGACGACAUCAACAAUCAACACCAACGACGAACCACAAGCAUUUGUACCGAUCGAUGUGAUGUUGAGUUUACCAAUGUUUUGUCGGUUGUAUCUAAUCGCUCGAUUUAUAAUGCUUCAUUCCCAUUUGGUUCGUGAUGCCUCGUCUCAAUCACUUGGUUAUCUCAAUCGCGUUUCAUUCAAUUUCCCUUUCGUUAUUAAAUCGUAUAUUCAACAACGACCCGCGCUUUGCUUAACGACCUUCUGUUUCUCUAUCUUCUUCAUCGCCAGUUGGUCAAUGCGUGCAUGUGAUUACAACGUGAAAACCGGACACAUGCCAAUGUUAGACGCCACAUGGUUAUUCAUCAUAUCGUUUACAACGAUCGGCUACGGUGAUAUCGUGCCAUCAACAUACUGUGGGCGAGGUAAAAUUAAGCUUGAAAAAUCGAGUUUAUGUCUUUGUAGAAAGAAUAAAAGAAGGUAUCGCGGCGAUCACUGGGAUUAUUGGCGUAUUUUCAACAGCUUUACUUGUCGCUGUUAUAUCUCAAAAGCUCGAGUUGACACGAUCGGAGAAAUAUGUUCACAACUUUGUUGCGAGCAUCGAAUUAGCCAAAGCGCACAAAAACCAAUCGGCCAACGUCGUCAAUAUAUACAAGCGCAACGAAAGUUAUUAACGUCGAUAUAUUGGGCUAGAAAAAUCAAACAACAACAACGUAAAUUAGCUGAUAACUAUGUGAGUCUUUUGGAGGUUUUCAAUGUUCAACGUAGUACAAAUCAAACGACAGAUGAAACAGCACAACGAGUGAUCUCGAUGGAAAGAAAAGUGGAGAAGAUGGAAGAUAGAAUUAUCGAAAUCAAUCAAGGAAUGAUCACCUUACAAGAUAAACUCAAUAUCUUGUUGGAUAGAACAACACAAAGAUAA